AUAAAAUUAUCGGCUUUCUGUCAAUGCUGGAAUUGUUGGAAAUUUGACAGUCGUAAAUAAACUAAAAACGUGCAAGAUUCAACAACGAUUAAAACAUACCAGCAAACCGUGAUGGCUUUAUCCAACAUAAAGAAAAGAAAUAGUUCAAAUUCUUUACCAAAAGAACAAGUGCCAGAUGAUUCGGAAGUUGAAGAUUCUAGCGAAGAAGAGCCCGAGGAUGAAACAGAAGGCAAUACGGGAUGGGCGGAUUGUAUAGCCAAAGUUCUUAACACAUCCAAGCCAAAAACAAAGAAAACAUUGGUAUUAUCGCGUGCAAAAAAGAUAAAACCAGGCGAUAAAUUGAAAUCAAAAGGUUCGGAUUAUGGUUUCGAAGUUGAAGGUGAAGAGAAAACAGAUGUGAAACCCAUAAAAGAAGAAAUUGAUGAUCAAAUCAAACAUCGUAAAAAUGUACCACUGGAAUUGCGAGUAAAGCCCUCCUGGAAGGAUAUUGAACGUGAACGCAUAUUGCGAAAGGUUGCAACUCGUGGUGUUGUCCAGUUGUUUAAUGCAGUUCGCAUACAACAAAAAGACAUCCAACAGCAAUUAGAUGCCGCAGGACCUUUAGAUAGUCGAAAAGAUGCAGUUUUAAAUAAUAUCAGUAAAAGAAAAUUUUUAGAUGUUCUUAUGAGUGGCAAUCGGGCGAAAUCAGAAGCGGUAGACAAUGCUGUUAAAAAUGAAGAUAGCAGUGAUGAAGAUGAUCAAAUGUCGUCCACCACACACAAGAAGAAAAAGUCGGAGUGGAGUGUACUUCGAGAAGAUUUUAUGACAAAUAAAAAAGUAAAACACUGGGAUGAAGAUGAUGACGUAGACAGCGGUGCUGCACGAGAUAAUUCUGAUGUAGAAGAAGAAAGUGACGAUGAAUAAUAUAAGAAUACUAUUAAACAUAAAA